GUACAAGUAGGAGGGUAUAAUUUGAAACAAAAACGAGGGUUUUGUUAAGGUUCGGAAGCUCCUUGCACAACUCACACAACUUAUCGGCGCCGGCAAAACAGUAGUGUCUUUCUUUCGAUUCGUUCAGCCUAUAUUCACUUUGAGCCAAGGUUGUAUUUGAUCCAAUGGGCAAGAAGAAGUUUAUCGACAAGAAAAAGUCAGCAACUUACCAAUUGAUAGCUCGUGACACGUCUGAUCCUAAUUACAAUCAAGGACCAUCGGGUGACACGGUUUUUGUUAGGAUUGAUGAGAAUCCUUGUUCCUUUGAGAAUUUCAAUGAAGCUGAUUCACAUGAUGCUACUCCUGAUUCUGACUCAAUUUUUGCUGAUGCCCCGGACGAUUGUGAUGAUGAAGAUGAAACUGGAGCUUCCAGGAGGCAAAUGCAGGCCCCAUUGAUGCCAAAUGGAACACCAGCUUUACCAGAUAAUAUAAGGAAGGAAAUAAUUGAAUUGGGUUUUCCAGAUGAUGGAUAUAAUUAUUUGGCUCAUAUGAGGGAGAUCAAGAAUACUGGUGCAGGUUCAGUGUACUAUGAGAACCCCAAGGCGAAGCUCGACCAGAUGCAAAAUGAUGUGAAGGCAUAUGACGCCUCGAGAAUUGAGAUAUCGAAAGUCAACGAUGAACCCUAUGAAAAAUCUAUCUAUAGUGUUGCGUCAAUGACUGCUGGCGUGAGGGUACAGAAGGUGGUUGAUCCUGAAGUUGCUGCAUUGCUGGAUGACAAUGAUUCGCGAUUUGGUUCUGAUAUUGAGGAUUUGGAAGAGGAUUUUGUUAUCAGCGCUAAUCUUCCUGAAGAUGAAACUGAUGCUAAACUUGAUAAGAAGCAAAAUUUUAUGGAUGGACCUAUCGAAAGUUCUGAAGUAAAAGCUUCUGAUUUACAAGAAAAGGUAACUCAGUCUUUUGUAGGAAAAGGCAAAAAUAUCAUCAACGAUGGCAGUGACAAGAUUGAUGAGAAUCCGCGAGUUCGUCGACUUCUAGAUGAGCAGUUUGAUAUGCUUGAACUUCAGGAGUAUGGUUCAGAUGGUUCAGAUGAAUAUGGUGGGUUCAUGGAUGAUGAAGACGAGUACCACGAACCCCUUGCGGAGAAGCUCAAUCACUCUGUUAAGUACCCUGUGAAGGAUGAGCUGGGACUUGAAGACAAAUAUAUAGCUCCUUCAGAUCUUUUGCAUGGUGACAAGACACUAAAUGAUGCAGAGUCACACGAAGGUGCUGCUGAAGUGAUUCAGAGGUGCAUGGAAUAUGCUGAGAAGUAUGAAAAUGAGUUAACAGACGAAGAAGUGGUUGUUCUAGAAGAAAGCAGUGAUGAGUCAGAAAUUUGGGAUUGUGAAACUAUUGUUACGACAUAUUCGAAUCUUGAUAACCACCCUGGGAAAAUUGAAGUUCCAGAAUCAAGGAGAAAGAAGAAGUUGGCUGAAACUUUUGCUGGGGCUCUUAAUGCCCCAAGCAAUAUAAUCUCUCUCAAAGGAAAACAAAAUCUUCCUGUUGAAUUUUUGCCAGGCAGUAGAAAAUCUGCUAAAGAAAAGGUAAAGGAUGAUGGUAAUCUGAAAACUGAACCUGAUCUUUAUAAAAGGAAGCAACAUGGUCAAGAGUCGAAAGAGGAAAAGAAAGAACGGAAGGCUGCUGUUAAGGAAGAACGGCGAGAAGCACGUCGGACAAAGAAGGAAUUGAAGGGGCUAUUUAAGGGUGAAGCUCAGCAUGCUCAGAAAGUUGCUGCCUUUACUGGUCCAUCUUCCAUCCAUCUCAUGUGAUAUCAUGGUUUGGCACGGGGGCUUUCUCGUGAUUUGCUUGAACAAACUGCGAAAAUCCAAUCAUCAUUCUGCCAGCUAUAGAUUUCACUGUUGCAGUGGCACGAGGAUAGUUUUAUGAAUACUUAUAUUUUGCCAUAGUCUUUUUAUGUAAGUGGUAAUAUAUAAUCAUCUGCAAAGAUGGUAUUAGUAAAUUUGAGGUGAAAUUGAUGAGAUGGUUGAGUGUAUACAGUUUAUGAAACUGACGUGUAGUUGGAUCUCUUGGCAAAUGUUCAGCAUAUAAAUUUUGUUUUGUAAUUUGCUACAUCAUUUUCUUUGGGACUCAUCUGCAGCCCACAAUGAAGGGAGACCUUUUGUAUUUACAAUUCACUUAUAUAUUUCCCGGUAGGUGCUUUCUUUUC